ACGGGGGAUGAUAAUGGUACUAAUAAGGCGACUCAGAAUGAUAACGAUAUUUUUAAUGAAGAUGAUGACAACAGCGACAACGAUUCCGUGUCGUCAUUUGAUAUCUUGCCUCCGGAGGAUUUUGAUCAUAAUGGACAUGGCGCAAAUAGUGAAAACGAAGAUGUGGAUGUUGACAAUGUGGAAAAUAGUUUACAGGAAUCAUUCGCGGAUAACUUGAGCUAGGAGGAGUCAGAUGGUAUUAGCGGUGAUCACAAUGAGGGGGAGAUCGACAUUGAGGAGGCUCGAAGGCAGCAGCAAAUGGUGGAUACACAUUGGAAGGUGAUGGCUAUGACCUUUCGGUCGCAAGGUGAUGCAUACAUAUUCUAUAACAAUCACGCCAAAGAGAACAGGUUUAGCAUCAGAAAACAGAAAGUCAAACGAGGUGCUUCAGGAAUGAUACGGUACCGGAGAUUUCUUUGCUCCAGGGCAGGUAGAAGGCAGAGCAAGUUUAUAACCAUGGAGGGCCGCAAGCGCAGGCUUAGAUCGGAGACUCGUUGCGAUUGCGGUGCACAUAUGAUGGUGAAGCUGGAUAGAGAACGUGGUGUUUGGUUUGUCGCGUCAUUCGUGGAUGAUCACAACCACGCGAUGGCUAGGCCCGACGAGGUUUGUUUUCUGUGGUCUCACAGACGGAUUGGAGAAGGCACGAGGGCAGAGAUAUUGGCGUUGGAAGCUGCCGGGAUAAGAAAGCAUAUAAUAAUGGACAACUUUAUCAGCAGAUACGGUUCGUACGAUAAGUGCGGGCUUAUCAGGAGGGAUAUUUACAAUCUUUGUUGCAGAGAAAAAAUGAAGCUCAUAGCAAAAGGUGACGCAGAGACGGCAGUUGGCAUUAUGAGGAGCAGGAAGGAGAAGGACCCUGAGUUUUUUUUGAGUAUGUGCGUGACAAGGAAGGGCGACUGAAGAGUAUGUUUUGGUGUGAUGCACAGUCGCGGAGGGACUAUCAGGACUACGGAGAUGUGGUUGUGUUUGGUAGCACGUAUAAGAUGAACAGAUAUGGUAUGCCGUUCGUCCCUUUUGUCGGAGUUAACAACCACCGUUGCACCACAGUGUUUGGGUGUGCCAUAAUUGCUGACGAGACGGAAGGGACAUAUGUGUGGCUGCUGCAGACAUUUAUGAAAGCAAACUGCCAGGUGAAGCCAAAGUCAAUAAUCACAGAUGGUGACGCUGCAAUGAUCCGGGCUAUUCGGACUGUGCUUUCAGAUGUUUUCCAUCGUCUUUGCUCCUGGCAUAUCGAGAAAAAUAUGCAGAGGCACCUGCAUUACAAGUCACCGGAUGAGUUCAGAUCGCUCCUAUACUAUGCCACCUCUCAAGCGAACUUUGAGCAGAGAUGGACCGCUUUCUAUAAUAAGUGGAAGACGGAUAGAACUAAAGAGUGGCUUGACAGGAUGUACAGGAAGAAGAGACUUUGGGCAGCUUCAUAUCUUUCCGAUGGUUUUUUCCUUGGUAUGCGAAGUAACCAGAGAAGCGAAAGCCUCAACUCCUGCCUUCACCUACACCUGGACUACGGUAUGACAAUAGUUGAUUUGGUUGUGCAUUAUGAGAACUGUAUAGUUCGCCUGCGUGAGAAUGAGGCGUAUGAUGACUGUGAGGCACACCAAAAAGAACCACUGUCGGUUACUGAAUAUAAGGCACUUGAGGAGCAUGCCGCCAAAGUAUUCACACCUGCUAAUUUUUACAUCCUGCAAGAUGAUUUGCACAAGAUGGGUCAGCUGGAGAUAUUUGAGACGCUCGUGGGAAUUGAGCGUCAGACAUAUAUGGUGACAUGGAAGGAUAACCACAAGUUCAUGUAUAAUGUUGUUUAUGAACCAGGUAACUCAGAAGAAACUAUAACAUGCAGUUGUCUUAGGAUGGUUCGGAAAGGCCUGGCAUGCAAACACAUUCUUUUUGUUCUCCAUCAUCUGAGCAUAACUGAAAUACCAAAGUGUUGUGUCCUUCAUCGGUUGUCAAAAAAUGCGAGAGAUGGAUUGCCUGUGCAACGGAAGAGUGAUAUGUUUGGAUGGGGUUGGUCAGGGCCAUUAGAGAGAGACUGGUAUAGUCAAAUAAGCAUAAAAACCGCAGAGGCAGCUCAUGUUGCAGCAAAUGAUCCCUUCUUGUUUGACGAGUUGAUGAAGUGUUUGGACAACAUAAUAGCGCAGAAAAAGAUACCAGAGAAGGAACUUAUAGGAAGUAGAAGGUAUGCUAAGCUUAAGAAGGAGGCAAGUCAAGCGCAACAAGUUGAGCCUGGUAUUGGUGAUCCUGAGAAAGUUUCGACGAAUGGUGCACCUAAGAAGGGGCGGUUAAAGGGGGGCCCGAUGUUACAAAAAAUGGUAGGCCAAAAGAUUUUACAGAGAAAAAAAGUGGUUCUUUGUGCAGUCUGUGUAGUCUACCAGGUCAUAACAAGGCUACAUGUCGAAAAAACCAGAAGAAUUGGGCGUAGAGAAGCAUCUUGCUAUGUUGGAAGAAUAAAAACGGUCGCAUGAGUCUAGUCCGAAUAAACUAUGUUGUUUCUUGUUCGUACUUGUGUGGCAGAAAACUUUAUGUCUCGAUUUAUUUAUGUGUGAUGAAAAUACUUAUGUGAACAUAUGUGAUAUGACACAUCAUAUUUGUUUAAUGAAUUGCCAUCUUA